UUGUUAGUUUUUAUCUUUAAAUUAAUAGGUUCUGCAUCUUCAGAAAGUCUUCCAAGAUUUUUCCAUGGAACUAUAUAUUUAUCUUUAUAUGAAUUGUAUCCUUAUUUAUAGUUUCCAUAGUUCUAUAUUCUCCUACAGAUAUUCAUAAUUCAUUGAGCACUGUCUUGGUUAAUAAGGAAACUUAUUAGCAUAAUAACUGAAUAGUAAGUUUUUUGCUCUUAAACAGUUAUUAUGUUCCUUUACUACUUAAUCGCGUAUAUGUUAUGUAUGAACGAUGUGUGUAUCACUGAUGUUUGUGGUUUCUUAUAUUCUCAGAAAUAUUAUAUUUUUUAAUAUUUAAUUGAAGGGGUUGCCAGUGUUUGGGAUAGAGGUUGGAAAAAUAUAGUGUAUUUGUUGAAUAUCACCAUUAGUAAGUAGAACAUUGCCUACAGGUGGGACUGAUCACCAGCAGCCGGAAAGGUGGUUGGAGAGAUGCCUCAGGAGCCAGGCCCAUGAGUGACACUAAAUGCAAGUUGUACAAGUGUCCGUACUGUCAGUAUACCACUAAGAAGAACACAAAUAUGACAGCACAUAUAUGUAUUCAUACAGGGGAAAAACCUUUUAGUUGUCCACAUUGUUCUCGAAGAUUUACACAGAAAGGAAAUCUGCAGUCACACAUGUACACACACACUGGAGAGAAGCCAUUUGCUUGCUCGUAUUGUCCAUAUCGCUCAACACAAAAGAGCAAUUUGAAGAGUCAUUUGUUUACUCAUCAUCCUUCUGAGAAAAUGGUGAAUCUGGACAGUGGUGGUCAGUCAGCACAAGGGAGAGGAAGACCUCCAAGACCAGUGCAGAAUCACUUCAACCCCAGCAAGUUACACCGGUGUCCUUAUUGUUCUUAUGCAUCUGCAAUGAAAACAAAUCUGAAUAACCAUGUCCGUACCCACACAGGAGAAAAACCCUUCCUCUGUCCUCACUGUCCACUUAGAUUUUCCCAGAAGGGGAGCUUGCAGACGCACAUUCGAAUUCAUACGGGUGAAAAGCCAUAUGUGGGUCUUGGCAUUGACGGCAAGAGUGUGAGUAGAAGAGGAAUCACAUGGACAGAAGAAGGCCAUACAUCCAAGGUUCAUCAGUGCCACUACUGUGCAUACAUAGCAACAACUAGAACAAAUUUGUUGAACCACAUCCGUACUCAUACUGGGGAGAAGCCUUUUGCUUGUCCUCACUGUCCAUUCAGAGCGACCCAGAAGGAAAAUCUUAAAGCACAUAUCCGUGUACACACUGAAGUUGAAUUUACUCAUUCACACUGGGUUGCAUCUAUUCUUGUAAUGUCACAUCAAGCCCAUGUGCCAGGUGGCAAGUAUUCAUGCCAUGAGUGUAUAAGCCAGCUCCAUAGAAACACAAUCAUAGAUGGUUUAGCAGAAAUGUUUAUCAGAGAACAAGAAUAUUACAUCAAAAUGCAGCGUAAAUUAACACAUUCAUACAUCUUGAAUAUUACUUUAGCAGAUGGACAAUAUUCAAGUUUUGUAGAACUGGAGAUGGAUGGAUAUCCAAGACAUGGAUGGAGAGGCCCUCAGGAGGUUGACAAGAACCACACCCGGACUAGCAAGAUGCACCACUGCCCUUUCUGUGCCUACUCUACUGUACUGAAGUCCAAUCUCAAUAGACACGCGAGGAUUCAUACUGGGGAAAAACCUUAUUCAUGUCCUCAUUGUAGUUAUCAGACAACAAGUAAAGACAAUUUGAUGAAGAGACAUGUGCUAACUCACACUGGUGAAAAACCAUUUGCAUGCCCAUAUUGCCCUUAUCGAGCAAGUCCAAGAUUAGGUGUGGCCAUCUUUGAUAAGCUAAAGACAGUUAAUAAAAGUCUGAACAGUGUGGGGCUGGAGAGUGGCUGCCAAUGGAACAGUAGUAAGGAUGUGCGGAGAAACACAAAACAAGGCCAGGGUACCAAGGUUCACCAGUGCCCCUACUGUCAAUACUCCUCCACUGUUCUAACAAAUAUGAAUAGGCAUAUCCGAAGACACACUGGCGAGAAACCAUUUUCCUGUCCACAUUGUGCAUACAGUUAUAGGCAUAUUCAACAGGUGGGGCUGGAUGGUAGCGGACAGUGGCUGUGCACGAAGGCUUUGCGAAGAAACAUGAAGUCCCCAAACACUCACGGCAAGAUGCACCAGUGCCCCUUCUGCCAUUACUCUACUGCAAUUGUCACACAUAUGAAGAGACAUGUUCGCACUCAUACUGGAGAAAAGCCUUUUGCUUGCCCGCAUUGUGCUUAUAGCUCUGGGCAUCCUCUGCAGGUGGAGCUGGGCAGUGGCGGUCAGUGGCCUGAUGGGAGUGGAACCAAGCAAGCCUGGAUCUGCGCCAAUAACAUCAACAAGAUACACAAGUGCCCCUACUGCCAAUAUUCCUCCCUUGUUUUGAAUAACUUAAAAAGGCACAUGAGUAUUCAUACUGGAGAAAAACCUUUUGCAUGUCCUCACUGUUCCUACAGUUGCACAAGAAAAGGAAAUUUAGAAACACAUAUCAGAACCCACACAGGUGAAAAGCCUUACUCGUGCCAGCAUUGCCCAUACCGAUCUUCACGUAUGUUCUCCCUGAAGAGCCACAUGUCCACGCAUCAUCCAUAUGAAGUCAUCUCAAAAAAUUCUCGUGGUAUUAAAAGUGUAGUGAAGACAACAGAGGAACUAACUAAUAAAGAUGUGAGGCUGGAGAGGGACCAAGUUUGGACUGGUGAGAGAGGAGCUCCAGGCAACAGGAGGGGCUACAGCACUACCUACAAGAUCCAUCAGUGCCCAUACUGCCCUUAUUCCUCAAAUGUUGGACUGGACAGUACUGAAGAGAAGAAUAGGAGAAGGGGUUCCACAUCACGAAUGUUGACCAGCACCAACUACAAGAUGUAUGAGUGUCCCAACUGUACUUACACCACCUAUGUUGCUACCAGCAUGAAAAAUCACAUUCGGACCCAUACUGGCGAAAGACCUUUUUACUGUACUUACUGUCCUUUUAGUUCUACAACAAAGGCUAACCUGCAGAAACAUAUUCGUACCCACACUGGUGAAAAGCCCUUCAAGCAGGUGGGGAUGGACAGUGAUGACCUGAGGGAUGGCAGAAGAAUUACAGGACCUAGCAUGGAAGUUCCACCUUUCUACAAGACUCACCAGUGUCCUUACUGCACUUACAAUACAAAAUUUACCACAAGUUUAAGAAAUCACAUGCGAACUCAUACAGGAGAGAAGCCAUAUUCAUGCCCCUACUGUUCCUUUUGCUCUGCUACAAAGGACAGACUGAAAUCUCAUAUUCGUACCCACACUGGAGAGAAACCCUAUGUAGGAUUGGACAAUGACGAUCAAAGGACUGGUGGGAGAGGGACUGCAGGAGCGAAAAAGGGUGUUCCUUCAAUCGGCAAGGUCAUGAAGUGUCCCUACUGUGCCUACACGACCAGUAUCACUACAAAUAUGAAGAAACAUGCACGUACUCAUACUGGGGAAAAACCUUAUGCUUGUCCAUAUUGUCCAUUUAGAGCUUCUCAGACUGAAAACCUAAAGAGACACAUUCGCAGACAUACUGGAGAGAAGCCAUUUGCAUGUAAUUUUUGCCCUUAUCGUUCUACAGAGAAGAGUAGCUUAAAGAACCACAUAUGGGUUCACCAUCCAUCAGAUAGGCAUACCCUACAGGUGGAACCGGGCACUGAUGAACAGGCUGGCUGGCGAGACAACCUAGGACCUGAGUUUGGCUUGAAUAAGGGUCCCAAGAGCCACCAGUGUCCCUACUGCCCCUACAACACCAACUUUACAACCCACCUUCAAAACCAUGUGCGGACACACACUGGAGAGAAGCCUUACCAGUGCCAGUACUGUUCUCUACGUUUUGCCCAGAAAGGAAGCCUUCGAUCUCAUAUUCUAACUCAUACUGGUGAAAAACCCCAUGCUUGCACGCACUGUGGCUAUAGAUGUUCAAGGAAAAACACUCUGAAUGCCCAUAUAAGAGCUCAUCAUUUCUAAUGCUUUAAGAGAAAGAGAAGUAUAAAAAAUAUGGUCACAGUCACAGCUUAGUUAACCAUCUCUUAUAAUUGUCUCUUUCAUUUCUAAAAUCAGGCAUGAUAGAAUUAGUGUUCACAUGUAACAUAAACCAUAAAGAUGUCACCUGUACAGAAUUCAGAUUAUAAAUUUGUGUAA